CUCUAACUUUUCGACACCAAAUGGCGGACGCAGCACCAGCCGGUGAACGAGGUGGAUUUGGCGAAGGAUUCGGACGCGGCCGAGGACGAGGCGGAGGCCGAGGCCGUGGACGUGGACGUGGACGCGGUCGCGGUAGAGGCCGUGGGAAGGGAGACGAAAAAGAGUGGGUACCUGUUACUAAACUCGGUCGUCUCGUCAAAGGUGGCAAAAUCAAGCGCCUUGAAGAUAUUUACUUGUUCUCUUUACCCAUCAAGGAGGCCGAAAUUAUUGAUUUCUUCUUGGGAAGCAAACUUAAAGAUGAAGUUUUAAAAAUCAUGCCUGUACAGAAGCAAACUCGUGCUGGUCAACGUACUCGCUUUAAAGCUUUCGUCGCUAUGGGUGAUUACGAUGGACAUGUUGGUCUUGGCGUCAAAUGUAGCAAGGAAGUCGCCACAUCGAUCAGAGGCGCUAUUACUUUAGCCAAGCUAUCGAUUGUACCAGUUCGUCGUGGUUAUUGGGGUAACAAAAUCGGUUUGCCUCACACUGUCCCUUGUAAGGUGACUGGAAAAUGCGGUUCCGUUAGUAUGAGAUUAAUUCCUGCUCCAAGAGGUACUGGCAUCGUAUCUGCUCCUGUGCCAAAGAAGCUCUUGCAGAUGGCUGGCGUUGAAGAUUGCUAUACAUCAUCAACUGGCCAGACCAGAACACUGGGUAACUUUGCUAAAGCAACUUACAGUGCUAUUGGAAAGACUUACUCUUACUUAACUCCUGACUUGUGGGAACCAACCAAAUUCUCCAUGACACCAUACCAAGAAUUCACCGACUUCUUGAGCAAUAAGCAAAUCCGUACGGAACGCCCGCGCCCAAGAGCUUACUAAUCAAUACGUAAUACCCUCAUGAAAAGGAUGACUAAUGUUUUCCUUCAUGUAUACUUUAUAAUUUCGGUGCCAAUAAAAGAGAAUUAAGAUUAA